AGGAGAGGGAGGAGCACAUCCUAAUGCAGAGAUGCUGCAGUGGCUUUGGGCACACACAUCCACACUCGGGCAGGCACCAGCCGAGCACUGCCUCGCAGCCCAGCCGCCGGCAGCCGCGGAGCCCCAGCUCAUGCACACGCAACCAUCCCGCACAAGGGCUGCUGUCCCCGCUCACCCAUAGAGGCUCAGCCGCGGAGGCUGUAACCCAGCCGGAGGUGCAGGAUGGGACACGCCACUGGAUUUGUCCGCACAUCCCUAGCUGUCGUCACCUUUCUGGUUUGGUGCCAAGCCCAGAGUAGCACGAGGAACUACGGGCCGGUGUUUGAGGAGCAGCCUGUGCACACCCUCUUCCCUGAAGGCUCAGCAGAAGAAAAAGUCACGCUGGCUUGCCGAGCAAGAGCCAGUCCCCCUGCGACCUACAGGUGGAAGAUGAAUGGCACAGAGAUAAAGAUGGAGCCAGAUUCCCGUUACAGGCUGGUUGCAGGCGACCUAGUGAUAAGCAACCCCGUGAAAGCCAAGGAUGCUGGCUCCUACCAAUGCGUGGCAUCUAAUUCCAGGGGCACGGUGGUCAGCAGGGAAGCUUCCCUCCGCUUUGGCUUUUUGCAGGAAUUCUCCGCAGAAGAGCGAGACCCCGUGAAGAUUACAGAAGGCUGGGGAGUGAUGUUUGCCUGCAGCCCCCCUCCCCAUUACCCAGGCUUAUCCUACCGAUGGCUCCUGAAUGAGUUUCCCAAUUUCAUCCCAGCCGAUGGAAGGCGUUUCGUCUCUCAGACCACUGGAAACCUUUACAUUGCCAAGACAGAAGCUUCCGACCUGGGGAACUACUCCUGCUUUGCCACCAGCCACAUCGACUUCAUCACCAAGAGCGUUUUCAGCAAGUUCUCCCGGCUCAGUCUCGCUGCAGAGGAUGCCAGGCAGUAUGCACCCAGCAUAAAAGCCAGGUUUCCUGCAGACACCUACGCUCUGGCUGGGCAGAUGGUGACUUUGGAGUGUUUUGCCUUUGGAAACCCUGUUCCUCGAAUAAAGUGGAGGAAGCUGGACGGCUCACAGUCCUCCAAGUGGAUCGGCAGUGAGCCCCUCUUGCAGAUCCAGGAUGUUGGCUUUGAGGAUGAAGGCACUUACGAGUGUGAGGCUGAAAACAUCAAAGGGAGAGACACCUACCAGGGCCGCAUCAUCAUUCAAGCUCAGCCGGAGUGGCUGAAGGUGAUCACAGACACAGAAGCCGACAUCGGGUCCGACCUGCGCUGGAGCUGCGCGGCUGCCGGCAAACCCAGACCCGCGGUGCGAUGGCUUCGGGACGGGCAGCCGCUGACCUCCCAGAACCGCAUCGAAGUGAGCGGUGGAGAGCUGAGAUUUUCCAAGCUAGUCCUGGAGGACUCUGGCAUGUAUCAGUGUGUGGCUGAGAACAAGCAUGGCACAGUAUAUGCAAGUGCUGAAUUAACAGUGCAAGCCUUAGCACCAGAUUUUAGACUAAACCCAGUGAAGCGACUGAUACCCGCAGCCCGAAGUGGGAAGGUCAUCAUCCCAUGCCAACCACGAGCAGCACCAAAAGCCACUGUGCUCUGGACCAAAGGGACUGAACUUCUGAUCAACAGUAGCAGGGUGACUAUUACCACAGAUGGCACCUUGAUCCUCCAGAACAUCAGCAAAUCCGAUGAGGGAAAGUAUACCUGCUUUGCUGAGAAUUUCAUGGGCAAAGCCAACAGUACUGGAAUCCUCUCUGUUCGAGAUGCCACCAAAAUCACAUUGGCACCAUCUAGCGCAGACAUCAAUGUCGGUGAAAACCUCACCCUGCAAUGUCACGCAUCCCACGACCCCACCAUGGACCUAACCUUCACCUGGUCACUAGACGAUUUCCCCAUUGACUUUGACAAGUCUGAGGGGCACUAUCGGCGCGCCAGCGUGAAGGAAGCUAUCGGGGACCUCAGCAUCUUCAACACCCAGCUAAAGCACUCGGGGCGGUACACGUGCACUGCCCAGACAGUUGUGGACAGUGCUUCGGAGUCAGCCACGCUGACUGUCAGAGGACCUCCAGGCCCCCCCGGGGGUGUGGUGGUGAGAGACAUCGGUGACACCACCGUCCAGCUGAGCUGGAGCCGUGGCUUUGACAACCACAGCCCUAUCGCCAGGUACAUCGUGGAGGCGCGGACCCUCCUCUCCAGCAAAUGGAAGCAAAUGCGUACCAAUCCUGUAAAUAUUGAAGGCAAUGCAGAGACAGCCCAGGUGGUGAACCUCAUUCCUUGGAUGGAUUAUGAGUUUCGGGUCUUAGCGAGUAACAUCCUUGGAGUUGGGGAGCCAAGUCUACCCUCCAGCAAAAUCCGUACCAAAGAAGCAGCACCGACUGUGGCACCAUCUGGGCUGAGCGGAGGUGGAGGGGCUCCCAACGAGCUCAUCAUCAACUGGACACCAACGCUGCGAGACUAUCAGAAUGGAGAUGGCUUUGGCUACAUCUUGUCAUUCCGCAAGAAAGGCACCCAGGGGUGGCUGACAGCAAAGGUGCCGCACGCAGAAUCGCUGCACUACGUCUACCACAACGAGAGCAUCGGCCCCUACACCCCCUUUGAAGUGAAGAUCAAAGCGUACAACAGGAAAGGAGAGGGACCGGAGAGCCUCACUGCCAUCGUGUACUCUGCAGAAGAAGAACCAAAAGUGGCUCCUUUUAGAGUUAUGGCCAAGGCUGUUCUGUCCUCAGAAAUGGAUGUGUCCUGGGAGCCCGUUGAGCAGGGAGAUAUGACUGGAGUGCUUCUGGGCUACGAGAUCCGGUACUGGAAGGACGGUGAUAAAGAGGAGGCGGCUGACCGAGUGAGAACCGCGGGACUGGUCACAUCGGCUCACGUAACUGGCCUAAACCCCAACACCAAAUAUCACGUGUCAGUCAGAGCCUACAACCGGGCUGGAACUGGCCCCCCCAGCCCCUCCACCAACGUCACGACCACAAAACCACCACCAAAGAGGCCACCUGGCAACAUCUCCUGGACUUUUUCUGGGUCUACGGUCAGCAUCAAGUGGGACCCAGUGGUGGCGAAGGCGGAGGAGUCUGCAGUUACGGGGUACAAGAUGCUUUACAGGCAGGAUUCCCACUCUGCUCCCACACUAUUCCUGGCCAGCAAGAGCCGGAUCGACAUCCCUGUCCCUGAAGACUUCACUCACGCCUUCGUACAGAUCAGGGUGACGGGCCCUGGGGGAGAUGGAAUCCCAGCAGAAGUUCACAUCCUCCGAAACAGUGGGACAAGUAUGAUGGUGGAAGACUCUGUGAUGAGACCAGUGCCACAUGCCAUCGUUAUUACAACUAACUCUCUACUAAUGGUGGCCUUGAUCAGCUACCUGGAGCUCUGACGAUGGCCAGCGCAGCAGAGGACUCCCGGACACCUUCCUCCCAAGCCACUGGGGAACUCCUUAACAUCUGGCUGCUGCAACUUCCAGUUUAUACCACAGCAGCACUACAGAGAAAGGAUUUGACAAUGUUGUUGGAAGGGAGGAAGAAAGCAGCAGCUGUUUUGGUUUGUUUUGGAAGAAUAUAAGCUUUCAUACAAGACAUGGGUCUUUAACCGAUUAAAUUUUUUUUUAAAGAAAGGAGUAAAACAAAGAAGAAUUCUACGUGAAUUCUGACAGCCAACUGCCCAACACACUGUAUCCAGUAGGUUUUCUGCCUUAUGAAGCCAUGUACUAAAAUAACCAGACUGCUAAAUCUGACCUUUUUUUUUUUUAAUAUGUACAGUGAAUUUUGGGGGGGUAAGGGGAGGAUGGGGACUGAGGAUUUGACAGCGAUCAGCAUGUUCCAUACCAAUCCCAGUCACAGCCAUCUCUAAUGACUUAUGGGACAGGAUUUUUUUUUUCUCCCUCCCCUCCCCCAAUAUGAGCCAAAUUCUGCAGCAACCAGCCCAAGGAGAUAAAGCCACAAGAGAGACUGAGCUCUGCCCCAUCCUGAAGAUCAGAUGUGAACAGAAUUUAGAUUGUGAAAAGCUUUUUUUACAACACUGGUGUUAACUUGCAACCCCAGCCUAUUGUCUGUAUCAACUGUUACACUGUGAGGUGCAACGUUCAAUGUUAUCCAUAUCCCACAUGCUUUUGGGGUGUUUUUGUUAUACUGUUUGCUUCUUUCCUUUUUGUUUGGGGGAGGAGAAGGGGUAAGCAAAAAGGAGAUACUUUUCUAGCAUCUGCUAAUUCAAAGAGGUGGUUCUGCUUAAUAACAGAGAUGUCAACAUACCCAAUUUCCAUAGAGAGGGUCUUAAAGGAGGAAGAAAAAGGAAUAUGACAUAAUUUAAACAAGAACUGGAGGCUGAAGGAAGCCGUCACUGGGGCAACAAGGAAAAUCUGGACUCAGUCAGAUUCACCUCCCCACACAAACGGUUCUGAACAGCCAACAUGCCAGUCUCCCCUCGGGAUGCCUGUCAGUCAGGCUGGUUUUCAGGCCCAAGGCUGACCCAGCUGAUGGAAAUGGGAGGGCUGAUACCCCAAAGAAGUACAGGGAUGCCGAGGUGCACCAUUAACUAAAACAGCUGGGGACGUUGCUUAUUAAAACCUCUCUGUCUCCCAGUAAAGCAACUGACCAAAGCUAA